AAACCCGUCAAAACUAGUAGGAGUAGUAUUUUCCGAAUCCCCAAAUCGAAAUCUCUUCCAGUUCGCUCAAGCCGUUGCCCUCUUCCGUCAAUCCCAGCACCGUCGGCGACUUCUCCGGAAACGACUCUGAAGUUGAAUUUUGGCUCUAUGUAAGGUUGAACCUUCAAAGAAAUGGCUGAAGGCGGAGAAGAGGACUUGCCAAGGGAUGCAAAGAUUGUGAAAACGUUGCUAAAAUCAAUGGGUGUUGAUGAUUUUGAGCCUCGAGUUGUUCAUCAAUUCUUAGAACUGUGGUAUCGGUAUGUUGUUGAUGUACUCUCGGAUGCUCAGGUCUACUCAGAGCAUGCAGGGAAAGCUGCCAUUGACUCUGAUGAUAUCAAACUUGCCAUUCAGUCGAAAGUUAAUUUCAGCUUCUCACAACCCCCGCCGCGGGAGGUCCUACUGGAGCUGGCUAGGAACAGAAACAAGAUCCCAUUGCCGAAAUCAAUUGCUGGGCCUGGAGUAUCACUCCCUCCUGAACAAGAUACAUUGAUCAACCCAAACUAUCAGCUAGCUAUUGCAAAGAAGCAAAUUAGCCAAUCAGAAGAAACGGAGGAGGAUGAAGAAAGUGCUGAUCCCAACCCAGCCCCAACCCAAAAUCCAAGUGUUUCUCAUGAAAAGGCAGAUGUGCCUCAAGGUACUCCUCAGCGAGUAUCCUUUCCCCUUGGCGCUAAACGUCCAAGAUGAUGUAUGUACUCUAGGACAUUGUAUAAUGGUUGUUUAAACAUUAUGAAAUUUUAAGAUCUUUUUUAACAGUGUAUUAGUUCAAUGGCCCUCCUUGCAGCAUUUAUAGACACAAUUAGAAGGGAGUUGAGACAAGCUAUGAGACCAAGAAUUAUUUUGGCAUUAUCAAUACGUUUCCAUUAUAUUCA